AUGAAAACUCCGGGUCCCGCCCUCCGCCCCAGCCCUGCCUCCUGCUGGCUGGAGAACCCUUUCCUGGGGGGCCACAGCCCCCUUCUCCCAGCCUGGGUAGAGGAGACCAGGGCCCGGCUUCUCCGCCCUCUCCCGCCCCCUGCCCCCUGGCUGAGCUCCCUGACCACCACACCCUGCCUGGCGUCUGCCCCCGUCUCUACACCCAGCCGGGCGCCCCUUGCCCCUGGAGGUGAGGAUGGGACCCCGGCCCGCAGCGAGGAGCUGGAGCCGCCCUGGCGGGCCGAUGCUGCCCCCGACCCUUCCGGCUCGCUGCCCCAGUACACCUUGUCAGAGCUGCCGGCUGAGCCAAGCCCGGAGCACCUGGGGCAGAGGGACCCUAGCGCCCAGCAGCCUCCCAGGAAGGGCCCCCAGCAGCACCUGAGAGAGCACAAGCUGGCCCUGGUGAACCUGGUGUGCUGCUCCCUCAUGGAGGAGUCUGAUUUGGGGGCCCCCAGUGACCCGACGCGUGGGCGCCUGGUGGAGCUGUGCGAGGAGCUGGCCCAGCUGGAGCCUGAGUUCAUCCUUAAGGUCGCCCUGUAUACGCGCCAGGAGCUGAACAUCCGGGCAACGGCCAACUUCCUGCUGGCACUGGCGGCCUGGCUGCCGCCCUGCCGGCCCCACCUGCGCCGCUACUUGUGUGCCACCCUGCAGCUGCCCUCCGACUGGACCCAGGUGGUGGCGCUCUUCCAGAGCCUGGCGAGCGCAGGGCGCCCUCUGGCCCCGCUGCCCCGCUGCCUCCGCACCGGCCUGGCAGACAAGUUCCAGCAAUUUGAUGCCUACCAGCUGGCCAAGUACAACUCGCGCAAGAGCCGUGGCAAAGCCAGGGGGCGCCCGCGGUCCCGCCAGCCAGGGAGGGAACUCAGGAGUCCUGUGCUCUGGCCCCAGUGCUGCCAGCCAAUUCUUCCUACUGGAGCUGCCUCCCAGAGACCUCUGCCCUGGACGAGGAGAUUCCGGCUGCGCCAAGCGUUCGGCAAGCUUCAGAUGAAGUUUGAAAGUGGUCAGCCAUCCCAGGAGCCGCGCGAGACGAAGCCCUUCUCCCUGAAGGCGCUGAUCCGAUGGCUGCAUAUCUCCAAGCCGGCCCAGCACGUCAUGAGUCUGCUGGGCUGCAGGUACCCCUCGGACCUGAGCUCCUUCUCCCGGAGCCACCUGCCAGGGCCCUGGGACCCCGCCCGGGCCGGGACCCGAAUGAAACUUCCGCAGCCCCAGACCUGGGACCGACAGCUUAGCCAGCGCGGGAACAAGGCUGCGGUCUGGGAGGAACUGAUUGACUCGGGGAAGUUGCCAUUCAUGGCCAUGCUCAGGAACCUGCGCAACAUCAUCCGGGCCGGGGUGAGUGAGCGGCACCACCGGCGAGUGCUCAGCCAGCUGCAGAACAAGGAGUCCAUCAUCCGCAGCCGGCAGUUCCCCUUCCAGUUCCUGGCUGCGAAUAAAGUCAUCCAGGACAUGGAGGAGCAGCUGAAGAAGAAAAACAGCCCUUGCCCCUCUAACGUGGAGCUGCUGCGGGCGCUGCUGAGACGUGGAAAGAAGCAGCCGGGGGCCCUGCCCGGGGUGUGGGGGCAGCCGCCCUGGACGCGCCGGGAGCUACGCGCGGCCUUGUCCAUCCCCAUCCUCUUCCGCGCGGUGAAGAGUGAAAAGCAGCGGCUGCAGAAGGCCAGGGAGCUGCGCCCCGACCCCGCCCUCCUGGUCCGCUAUCACUCGGCCCUGGAUGCCGCCAUCCGCAUCUCCGCCCGGCACAACCUGCCCCCCCUGCCCGGCCGCACCCUCAUCCUCUGCUGCACCUCCAGUGCCAUGACGACGCCCUACCACCGGUCCCGGGAGCUGCGCGGCCUCCGCCCGGAGCCCAUGACAGCGCUGGAGGUGGCCCUGCUGCUGGGCCUGAUGGGCCGGGCGGUGGCAGAGCGGGCGCGCCUGGUGCUGUAUGGCCGCGGCCACUGGGAGGAGGUGCAGGCACUGGCCGGGUCGCUGCUGGAGAACGUCCAGAGCCUGUACCAGCAGGUCCAGGCCACAAUGGAGCCGAGCAGCGGCUCCAGCACCGUCAGCGAUGUCCUCUGGGACCUGGUGGCUCGUGGGGAGCCGGUGGACACCCUGCUCGUGCUGAGCCACAGCUCAGAGGCCCCCCUGGCCGGCCCCGCCCUGCGGCUGAUGCGGGAUCGUGUUGUCCCCCACUGCCUCUUCGUGAACCUCUGCCUGGAGCCCAGGGGGUGCCAGGGGGGCCCCGCGGACGAGGUGGAGCUGGCUGGGUUCAGUGAGCAGGUGCUCAGGUUCCUGGCCGUGCGCGGCACCUCCCGCCUGCUGGAGCAUGUGGGCAGGAUGGACGAGAUCCACGGACUGCCCCCCCUGCUGGGGGCGCCCCGCAGGCACCCAGAGCUUUCCCCCACCCCUCCUGCCCUGGCCCCCGCCCCCCGGAGCAGGUGGCGCAGCAUCCGCGUGUUCAUCUCGUCGCCGGUGCGGGACAUGCAGGGCGAGCGGGACGUGCUGCUCCAGGCCGUGCUGCCCGCCCUGCGCGCCCGCGCCGCCCCCCACCACCUGGCGCUGCAGGAGAUCGACCUGCGCUGGGGCAUCACCGAGCAGGAGGCGCGGCAGGAGCGGCAGCUGGAACUGUGCCUCUCGGAGGUGGCUCGGAGCCAGCUCUUUGUGGGCAUUUUGGGGGAGCGUUACGGCUAUGUACCCAGAGAAUACUCCCUGCCGGACGCCCCCCAGUACGAGUGGGUGAAGUCGUACCCUCGGGGCCGCUCCAUCACCGAGCUGGAGGUCAUGCAGUUCCUCAGCAGUCGGCGCGACUCCGGUUCUGCUGCCAAGGCGUUCUUCUACCUCCGCGAGCCAGAUUUCCUUGGGUCCGUGCCGGAAGCCUGGAGGGCAGAUUUCGUGGCAGAGUCAGAGGAUGCUCAGCACCGGAUGGCAGAUCUGAAGGGGCAUCUGGGCCAGCACCUGGGGGUGGCAUCUGUCAGCAGGUACUCCUGCCAGUGGGGCGGCGUGGCCCAGGGCCGGCCGUAUGUCAAGGGGCUGGAGGAGUUUGGGGCCCGGGUGCUGCAGGAUCUGUGGGGCGCCCUCCAACGCCAGUUCCUCCAGGCUGAGUCGGAGCCCCCUGGGGGCGAGGAGGAGGAGGGGCAAGAGCUGCAAGAUGCCUUCCAGGACUUCCAGCAGCGCCAGUUCUGUGCCCGGGGCAAGCUGCUGGGUGCCGUGGCCGGGCGGGUGCGUGAGGGCCGGCCCCCCCGCCGCGGGGCAGGGGGCGGGCUCUACGUGGUGAUGGGUGCGCCUGGCGAUGGCAAGACUGUCUUCAUGGCGGCGCUGGCACGGGAGCUGAGCGCCCAUCCCCCGGCCCGGGACGCCUCCCCCACCCGCUGCCUGGUCAUCUCCCACUUCACCGGGGCCCGGCCGGACCAGGCCAGCGCCAGGGUAGUGCUGAGCCAGUUGUGUGCCCGCCUGAGCCGUCUGCUGGGCCAGACGGCCCCGCCCCCCGCCAGCUACAGGGGGCUGGUGUGCUGUCUGGAGGCCCUCCUGCCCGCGGUGGCCGGGUCGCUCCGGGGAGCCCAGCGCCUGGCCGUGCUGCUCGAUGGGGCUGACCAGAUCCACGGGGACAGUGGGCAGCCCGUCUCCGACUGGCUUCCGGUGCGGCUGCCCCCGCGCGUGAGCCUGGUUCUGAGCAUCGGCGAGGGCUCCGGACUCCUGGAUUCCCUACAGCGACGGGCGGACACAGUCAUCAUCCCCCUGGGGUCCCUGGACCCCUGCGACCGGGCUGGGCUGGUCCGCCGGGACCUCGCCUUGUACGGCAAGAAGCUGGAGGAGACGGCCUUCAACAACCAGAUGCGGCUGGUGCUACUGAAGCGCGGUGCCCAGCAGCCCCUCUACCUGGCGCUGCUCACCCAGGAUCUGCGAGCCUUCACCGUCUAUGAAAAGGUCUCGGAGAGGAUCCAAACGCUGCCCCCGGCGCUGCCUGCCCUGCUCCAGCACAUGCUGGGCUGCCUGGAGCAGGAGCACGGGGCUGAGCCAGUGGCCAUAGCCGUCGCCGCCCUCUGGGCCAGCAAAGACGGCCUGCUGGAGCGCGAUCUCCUCGCCGUGCUCACCAUGUGGAGGGAGCUGGGCGGGGCGCCUGUCACCUGGGAGGGAGGCAUGGCUGCUGGGGGCCGCGCAGCGACCAUCCCCAAGGCCCCGAUCUAUUCCCUGAUGAGGAGCCUGAGGGGGCUGGCGGGGGUGUGUGGGGCCCCCUCGGAGGCCCCCGGCUCACGGCUCCACCUCUGCGGUGCCCCCCUGCGGAUGGCGGUAGAACGGCGCUACCUGAAGGAACCGGGCCUGGAGCGAGCGGCUCACGCUCUGAUAGCAGCUCAUCUCUGGAAACUCUGCGACCCGGACGUGUCCCGGAGCUUCCAGGGCAGCGAGGCUGGGCCCCUGGCGGCUCUGCCCUACCACCUGGUCUGCGCUGGAUGCCCCGACCUCCUGGGCUCCCUUCUGACGGACCUGCGCUUCGUGGCCGCCCACGUCCGCCUGGGGCUGCUGCCUGUGCUAGGCCAGGCCUAUGCCCUGCACGCGGGCAGCGCCCAGCCCCCGGGCGAGGUGGGCGCAUUCCGGGCGAUGGUGCAGGCGGGCGCGGCACUGCUUUCUGAGAACCCAUCGCUCCUGGCCCAGCUGGCAGCCAACGCGCCUGAUGGCUCCUCGCUGGGCGCCCAGGCCCAGGCCCUGGCCCCACCGGAGGGGCGCCUGCUGCUCUGGCGCAACAAGGCCCAGGACGCCCCUCACCCUGACAGCGUCGCCCUGGCCCUGCCCACAUCCCCCACCUGUGUGGCCAUCUCUCCCUGCGGGCGCCAGGCUGCCGUGGGCAGCACCGACGGGACCCUGCACCUGCUGGACAUGCAGAGUGGCCAGGAGCUGAAGACCCUGCUGAGCAGUGGCACUGGGAUCUCGGCCUGCGUUUUCCUGGCUGAUGGGACCCUCUGCCUGGGCACCUCCGCUGGGGGACUGGAGACCUGGGGCCUGCGUGAGGGCAGCAGGCUCCUGGCUACUGAUGCUCACCAGGGCCAGGUCACAGACUGCUGCGUCAGCCCUGAUCGCAGACAGCUGGCCAGCGUCUCCCUGGAUGGGCACCUGAAGCUGUGGGACUCUGCCCAGGGGCACCUGACCUGGGAGCUGGAUCUCUCCUGCCCCUUGAACUGUGCUGCCUUCCACCCCGACGGGCAGCUGGUGGCCACCGGGGGCUGGGACGGCGCUGUGACCAUCCUGGGCCUGCAGAACCGGAGUGUGAGCUCGGUUCUCUCAGGCCAUGACACUUCCGUCCGCGCCGUGUCCUUCUCCCCUGCGGGCACCAUGCUAGCGUCCGGCUGCCUGGCCGGGACAGUGCAUCUUUGGUCCUGGCGGGAGGUCGUGAGCCUGGCCACGUUCCCAGCACACCAGGGCUUCGUCUCCGAGGUCAAGUUUCUCUCCGGGGGCCAGGUCCUCCUCACGGCGGGCGAGGACUCGAAGGUCCAGCUCUGGCCAGGGCACCUGGGCCGUGCCCGGGGCGCUCUGGGCUCAGGGCCGCUUUCUCCAGCCCUCUGUGUGGCCCCCAACCCCGCCGGCACCCUACUCGCUGUGGGGCACCAUUCAGAUGAUGUUUGGGUCUACGGCACCCCCUGGGGCUCGGCCGGGUGGCGCUGCCCAGUAGGGGGUGUGGCGGUGCCCAGCCUGGCUUGGCUCGGAGAUGCCGUGCUGGCUGGAGGCAGCAGGGACGGCACCCUGCGUGGCUGGGCACUGGCGAGCAGCUUGGCCUGCCCCCUGUGGGAGCUGCGGGGGCACAAGGGGGCCGUGCUGGGCCUAGCCGCCUCGCCCCAGCUGCUGGCGUCUGCCUCAGAGGAUUUCACCAUCUGCCUGUGGCUGGCCGAGACACUGAGACGGGCCCUCCCGGACCCUUCCCCAGCCCCCCUGGCCGUCCUGCAGGGCCACGCGGCCGCUGUUACCUGCUGCGCCUUCAGCCCCGAUGGCCGGCACCUUGCCACGGGGGGCAGGGACAAGACCCUGUUGUGCUGGGACGUGGGGGGCCCCACCCCGGGAGCCCCCCCCCUCUGGCGCUCGCUCCCCUUCUGCCACCGCGACUGGCUCAGUGGCUGCGUUUGGGUCGGGCCCCUGCUGCUGUCCUGCUCCAGCGAUGGCACCGUACGGCUCUGGGACCCGGCAACUGGCCAGCGGCUCCGCGAGUUCCUACCCCACUGCGGCCCCGUCAGUGCUGUCCUGGCCAUGGCCGGGCGCGUGCUGGCGGUGGGCCGCGAUGGGACGCUGGCAGCAUGGGACAUGCUGGGCGUGGAGCUGACCCGCUUCCCGGCGCACCCCGGGCUGGUGAACCAGGGCGCUGGUUUCAUGGGAGCAGACGGCGAUUUCGUGGUGGCCAUGGCUGGAUGCGACGGGCGGGUGCAGCUCUGGAGCCCCCUGGAGCGCUGGAUGGAGACGUCAAGAUCUGGGAGCACGCCACGAGGAGACUGGUGGGUGGCGUGA